AGAUCAUUUCAUGGGCCUACUAACGGUCAUUCUGUGCUGUUUAAUAGUGUCUGAUGUAUGUGGGUAUCGUAGACAAGGAUUAUAUAGUCAAUAUAAAAGUAUAAAACCGGUUUUGUCGCCUACUCGUUUACUCUAUACCCAUAAUCAUACACACCGCCUAAACGCUGCAUCGGAAGAGCCCGAGGGAAUCACCCAAUCUUUGCCUAUUGUAGCUUUAGUGGGUAGACCAAAUGUAGGCAAAUCCUCGCUGUUCAAUCGUGUAUCAAAACAGUAUCACCGAGGUAGCAUUGUGUCAGAUGAACCAGGAACUACGAGGGACCGACAGUAUGCACUUGCCGAAUGGGAGGGCCGUAAAUUCCGCCUAGUAGACACAGGUGGUAUUGGAGAUGAAACAAUAUAUGCAGAGUCCAUAAAAGCACAAUGCAAGGAUUCGCUAAAGGAGGCGCAGGUCGCAAUCGUCAUCGUCGACGGACAAUGCGGCAUUACUGAUGCAGAUAUCGAUGUUAGCAACUUUGUUUUAAAUGCAAAGAAGCAGAAUGCUCAACUGCGGAUCAUCCUCUGUGUUAACAAGUGCGAAGCUUUCCACUUCGGUGAUGUCCUGGCAGAGCAAUUUUGGAGGUUAGGAUUGGGGAAACCGUACCCGGUUAGCGCAAUCCAUGGUACUGGGCUAGCUGAACUGCUGAUAGAAUGCGUUAAAAACUUUGAAACGUCGACAGUGGAAGAUGAUCAUGAUGUAAUCGUAUCUUUUGUUGGAAGACCAAACUGCGGCAAGAGCUCAUUGGUUAACCUCCUAUCAGGAACCAAUCGUUGUUUAGUAUCUUCAAAUGAAGGAACUACGUUGGACAACGUCGAAGUUACGGUCUCCGAAAAAGGUCGCCAAUAUCUCCUCAUAGAUACGGCAGGAAUGCGAAUACAAACACAGAAUCGUCGGUCAUUCCUGCCUAAAGGACGCGGUUUGAAUGCCAUCAGAAGGAGUGAUGUAUGCGUACUGGUAAUAGACGCCAAUUGGGGUAUCUCACGUAAUGAUUUAAAACUAGCGGAAGUUAUAAGGAUGGAAAACAGAGCAGCAGUUAUUGUUUGUAAUAAAUGGGAUCUUAUAGAUAAAGAUCCUAAUGUGUAUAAGAACGCCCUCGGCUACGUUAAAGAUAAACUGCACUGGGUGGAUUACGCUGACGUCAUAUUCACUUCGACAAAAACGAAGCAACGUGUUUAUAAUAUAUUGCAGGCAUGUUCCGACGCCUACGAUCAGUUCUCAAAGAACUUCCCAACUGCACUGCUAAAUGACGUACUACACGAAGCUCUCUUCUUACAAAAGCCACCAUAUAUACAUGGAAAACGACUUAAUAUAUAUUACGUUUGCCAGGUUCAUAGCAAGCCACCGGGCUUUGCCGUUUUCUGCAAUGACGAACGUCUUUUGACUGCAGAAUAUGCCGAAUAUCUACAGCUAUUCUUCCGGAAAUCCUUAAAUAUCGUGGGAUGCCCUAUAAAAUGGUACCCAAGGGCAAAAAGAAGAAGACAUGUGGUACCAGACAUGAGAAAUCCUCAAAACAAUAGAUCAUACACUUCAAAUGGGAUGCUUUCCCUCUGACUGAAAUU